AUGGAUAAAUUGAAGUGUAUUAUAGAAGGAUGCCAAAAUCUUCCUGCUUACAUAUGCGAUUGCAGAUCAAAUACUCUGAUUUGUUUUCCGCAUGUUGGCCCUCAUAUAAUACCUGAUAAAAAUAGGCAUAAUAUAUUAGAACUUUAUGUUGAGCCCGAUUCAAACACUGUAAAAUCUGUCAGGUCAUUCUUACUUCUAACCUUUUCUUGGGUUGAUGAUUUGAUUUAUAUUAAAAUCGAUAAUAAUUUUAAGUCAUGAAAUAAAUUAAUUUUGAAAAAUUGUAAAAUAUUUGCAAACCAAAUGGUAAUUCGUUUAUCGGUAAGAAUUUAG